GAUCUGCUAUGUACACCCAACACAUCCACAUCAGAUUCUUGGACUGUCCAGGCACCCAACACAUCCACAUCAGAUUCUUGGACUGUCCAGGCACCCAACACAUCCACAUCAGAUUCUUGGACUGCCCAAGCACCCAACACAUCCACGUCAGAUUCUUGGACUGUCCAGGCACCCAACACAUCCACAUCAGAUUCUUGGACUGUCCAGGCACCCAACACACCCACAUCAGAUUCUUGGACUGUCCAGGCACCCAACACAUCCACAUCAGAUUCUUGGACUGUCCAGGCACCCAACACACCCAAAUCAGAUUCUUGGACUGUCCAGGCACCCAACACAUCCACAUCAGAUUCUUGGACUGUCCAGGCACCCAACACAUCCACAUCAGAUUCUUGGACUGUCCAGGCACCCAACACAUCCACAUCAGAUUCUUGGACUGUCCAGGCACCCAACACAUCCACAUCAGAUUCUUGGACUGUCCAGGCACCCAACACAUCCACAUCAGAUUCUUGGACUGUCCAGGCACCCAACACACCCAAAUCAGAUUCUUGGACUGUCCAGGCACCCAACACACCCAAAUCAGAUUCUUGGACUGUCCAGGCACCCAACACACCCAAAUCAGAUUCUUGGACUGUCCAGGCACCCAACACAUCCACAUCAGAUUCUUGGACUGUCCAGGCACCCAACACACCCACAUCAGAUUCUUGGACUGUCCAGGCACCCUACACGGCACCAAGCACCAGCCUCGCUUUGUUAUCCUUUCUGACCCUGUGGUCAAUGUGGCAGUGGAAGUAG